AAGAUACGGUUCAAAAGAAAUGAAAGAAAGAGAAUUGCGGUUUAAAACCUAACCGAUUUUCUUGUAAUUUAUAACACUCUAGGUCGAAAAAAACAACGAAUAUCCCACGCUACGAAUGAAUUUAUAGGUUUGAAAACAGUUGAUCUCAGCUUACUGGUACCAAAAACCAUCCUUUAAUAUUAUACUGCCGACAAUAGUAUUACAAUGGGAACCACUGACAUUGAUGUGAUAAAGGAGAUCCCUGGGUACAAGGUCAUCCUAAAGGCAGUGGUCAAGAGUCAGAUUCAACAGCUGGUUGAACAGUUAGCCGAACACACAAACGAGGAGUCCGUGAUACUUACUGCAAGCGUUGCAGACGGCACGAUCAGCCAUAUUGGAUCAGAGAGCGGCAAAUCAUUCCUCCAGGACAAUGACGACUUCAAGUCACAGUUCCUGGGCUUCUGCCUCAAGUAUCACCAUCGCAAACAGAUGGAGAAAGAAAAGGAAAAAGCUGAGAAAGAAGAACGAGAGAGGCAGGAAUUGUUGCAACAACAGCAGCAACAACAACAGAUGAUGCAGCAGCAGCUGGCAUUUUCUCAACCACCACGGUUUUCCCGAUCUCCACGCCAAUUCUCACCAAGAUUCCCCUCACCACGACAUCAACCCUAUCCAUCGGGCCGACCCCCUCGGAGACCCCCAGCCCCUAAUUUUGGGCCUGGUCAGGGUGUUCAAGGCUUAGCUAUGCCUGGUGCGAGAAAUGUGAAAGUGGAACCAAGUGAUAGUGACGAAGCUUCAAACCAAAGUGGCACUGAUGCUGGCAACGUUAAACAUGAGACGACUGGUAGUGUUCAAGAAUCUGGUGCUAAUACUGACAAUGAAAACCGUGACUCAGACGGGUCUAAUCUCGCCGCAGGCGAUCAGGGAGGGGAGCAGCAGGGGUCAGGCAGCGGGCCUCAGACCCCGGGCUCAGACCCAGACAUUAAUGUUAAACUUGAAGCACUUACCGAGGAAGAGCUGGACUUAGAAAUAACUGGUGUAGAACCGGGCACUGCAGGUGCCGGUAUGUCCCAAUCAGAGUGGGAUCCGAACGCUUCGUUAGGGAUGGAUUACGGUCAAGGGGCGACUGGUUCGUCAGCUGAUAUGCAGGGCCAGGCGGGAUACAUUAAGACCUCAGAUGGCUUCCAGUGCAUUUUGUGCGGAAAAUCAAGUUUCCGGUCUCGUGUGGACAUCACACGUCAUCUGCGUGUCCAUACCGGAGAGAAACCAUUCAAGUGUAACGUCUGUGGCCGCGGAUUUACUCAGAAAGCGCACAUGCGAUCACACAUGCUCGUUCAUAUGAAUAUUGACACCGUAGAAUGAGCGAAAUUAGCUUUAUUAACUGGAACCAGCCCAGGGGUAAUGUAUCAAAAUGGAACAAAAACGACGUCAUAAGAUAAUUAUCAAGCGGACAGUAAUUGAAACUGCACUGUCACAGAUGUGUGUUUUGACAAUUUUUCUUAUUCUUUUAUCUUGGAAUGAGCCAAUUUUUUGUGUAAAUGUCGGGAAACCAGUGAUACAUUUAGACUGCUGACAAAAGAUCAGGUGGCAGUUUUUCAUAUUUACGCUCGAAAGUGUACGUACUAACGUUUUAUGAUUAAUGAAAUUUUCGGCAGUUUUCUAAAUAAUUUAGGUCUGUUCUAUUGUGAAUUAUCUUAUAUGACUGAAUUGAAGGCAUUAAUGCCUAAAUAAGCUGAUUCUGAGACAAAAUUGUCAAAACUGUCAUUAAGAGAAAUUGAAGCUUUAAAGAACAUACUGAUUACACUGCUUAAAAGUGCCAAGGUUUACCAGUGAAAGGCAUGUGAGAAUUAUAACCACUGACAAGAGCUUAUACAUUAGGGACAUGUCAAUCUUGGUAUAUACAGAAGCAUUUUGUGUGUGAGGCCAUUUUUAGUGCCUCAAAUGUACCUUUUUAUGUUAUUGUAUGUUGUGUUUUAUAUAAUUUGUGGAAUAUUCCAUAAAAGCCUUAACUUUAUGACUGUAGGGACAUGUUCAUCUGAGCUAUACUGAAGCAUUUUGUGUGCAAGGUAAUUAAUAAGGCCUCAGAUAUUUCUAAAACAAAUCACAGGGUUCGAAUUUAACUUUGAGGAGCACUCGCAAAAUUUUGCGAGUGCUUUUUGAGGCAACUCGCAAAAUGAAAAAUCAACUUGCAAUUUUAUUAUUUGCUUUAUUCCCUUAUAAUAUUGUCAAAUUUAAGUAGAAAUUUACACCUAAGACAAAUUAUGAAUAUUAAAACGUAUCAAUCUUGAGUAACUCAACUACUAGAACUUGUUGAUGGCUUUUUCUUUUUGGGGAGUAAGGAAAGACUCAUCAGAUGCUAGACGCUUUUUGAUUACAAAGCUGUCCAAUAAUUUGACAUUGUUCACUUUGUAUAUUUACCCUCGCCAUCGGGUAAUAUCCAUUCGGCAAGCACGGUACAGAUUUCAUUAAGUCUAAAAGCAAUAACAUUAUAAAUUUAGAAUAAAUGAAAGAAACAGUAAAAUUAAUCUAGCGAGGAUGCUCUGGACCAUGAAAUAUAUCGAUCGACGAAGUCUAUUCACUUUGACAGUUCGGCGGAAAUAUAUCAAAGGUUGAUGGGGUUUACAUAUAGUGCGCGGUGAUUACGUCAUUUGUAUUCACUUUGUAUUAUGCACGCCUCGGAAAAAUUCGAGAUAAAACUCGGCCUUUUCCGUAUUUGUUAUAUUUUUGAAAACUUACUAGAGCGUGACUCCGUACUGUCUUUUUUAUACUGGUAGUGUAAACAUGCCACUUAUAGGGUGUGAAUUAAGUUCAUAUUUAUUCUACUUUUCUUUUAACAUUUUGUGGUCUAGAAAAAGCCACUCGCAGAAUUUUGCGAGCUUGAAUAAAAGUCACUCGCAAUUUUCAAAUGUCGCUUGCAUUUUGCGAGUAUGCGAGUCUAAGUUCGAACCCUGAAUCAUGUUAUUGUAUGUUAUGAACUUGGAUGUACUGUGAAAUAUUUGAUAAAACCGUUAAUUGUGUGUGAUAAGGAUUUUUAGAUGUAUAAGGCUGAAAUUAAACAAGAAGUGCUGAUUAUGUUGCUUAGAACAUUAUAGUCUACAAAAGAAUAUACAUUAUAGCGAUACUGAUUUGAAUUGUCAGUGUAAUUUCCUCAUGAUUCUUUGUUCAAAAUAAAACUUAAAAGAAAGCUGUUUAAAACCUUAAAUGCCUACAAAACCUUUUUGUGUGUGUUGUGUUUUCAAUGAAUUACAGAAUAUUAUGUAGUCAGUAG